CCGGGGCUGUGCGCUCCCUCCCGCGGCCGCCUACCCGGAGCCGCGGUCACCCACGUGAUCCUCGUAGAUCCAUUUUGGUCUAAUUCCUGGUAUCCUGGAGCUCUCUGUCUAGUGGAGCAGGCAGACAUCAAACAACUCAUCCUACAGAGUGGCAGCACGGAUGCUGAGUGGAGAGCGUGUCCAGGGAGAGAGAUGCUGCUGAAGAAUCAAGAUAUUGAAGAACCACUCUUGGAGCCAGGUGUCUGCUUCAGAAUGUACACAGAAGGUGAGGCUAAGAAAAUAGGAGUGGUUGGCUGGGUGAAGAAUACCAACAAAGGCACUGUUACAGGUCAAGUGCAAGGCCCUGAAGAGAAAGUCAACUCCAUGAAGUCCUGGCUGAGCAAGGUUGGAAGUCCCAGUUCUCGCAUUGACCGCACGGACUUUUCUAAUGAAAAAACCAUCUCUAAACUUGAAUAUUCUAAUUUUAGUAUUCGAUACUAAUAGAAAUGAUAAUGUAUAGACUGCAUUAUAGACACUAUAUAUUCUUAUGUAGUAGGGUAUUAGUAGCAGAGUAGUAAGAAAAGGAACUCUGUUCUGAAAGCUACAUUAUACAGAUUACUAAAAAUGACACUGAAAUAGUUUUACUCAACUGUUUUUCACUAAUGCAAAAAUUAGUAUCUAAAAUAAAAAUGUCAUUAUAAAAUAUUUAAUACAAGUAUUUAAUUUAAACUUGUCUCAUGGAAACUAAUUCUAAUAAAUGUUAUAGCUUACAUGUUAUUUGGCUAGGCUGGACAUAAAAUAAUAAAGUUAACCAUUUAAAAAGUA